CAACAUCCCAAGUGGUUUAUUGCACCAGUAAGCCCAUAGGAACAGUGGUCGAUUGCUUAAAUAAAAUAAAAUUGUUCUUCCCCAAAGCGAUGGCACAGAUGGUCGGUUCUGGAUCUGGACAGAACGCGAUGGAACAGAUGGUCGGUUCUGGAUCUGGAGAGAAUGAUGAAUCUUCAAGCACUAUGAUAACAGAAAUCUCUACUACACCCACCCAAAUGACAUCCACUCCCAGUAGCAGUGUUGUGGCCUCAACACCAGGUCCAAUAGUAAUUCUGAUGUUAACAGUUACAACUGAUUGCAGUGGUGACAGAUUGAUGGCCUUAAACGCCAGCUUGCAGACCGACGUGAGUAAAAGCAAAACCGUGCUUAGUUCCAACACAACAAGAUGCAAUCUUCGCACGUUAUUACCGUUUUUAAACAUUCAAUUAAAAAUUUUGGUCUGAAAGAGAGCGGCUUUUGCACAAUCACGGCCGGAAAUGGGUAUAGCAUAGAAUAAAACAUUUGUCAUUAAUUACCAUUAUAUCUCACUUAAAUCUCUGUGUAGGGGUGUAGCGCUGGGUCACUGAAGCCUUUACCCUAUACUUGACCAUGAAUAACUUAAUUUUGCUACCCUAUCUUACACUAGACACUAAAACCCCUACCCUAUCCCAGACUAGCUAGUUUCAAUACAGAAACUUUGUUACUAACGUAGUCCAACACACGCUAACCACACCAAAAAGCUUAUGAAGUCACUUCCGAAUUUCAAUUUCUAUUAUAGAACCCCGGGUUAUUAAAGAACCCCAUUUUAGACUAAAUUAAUAUUACCCUGGCCGUUUUCAAAUAAUACAUCCAUUCUAUACCAAAGCUGUCUACUUUCUAAACCCUGUACCAGACUAAACUGCCUUUAAACCAUACCUUUCAAAGCAGCACCUACUCAUAUAGCUUAUCAGUGGCGGAUAUAGGGGAGGUGCCCGGG